AAUUAAUAAAGUUCUAUGCAUUCUACACGGCCGAAAAUAAGCUGCAGAAUCGAGUCAUGUCACAAUGGGACAUCCCCACUCAAGUCUUUCCACUUCGCAGCCGUUGGAUUCCACUUUUAUUUUUAUUGAAGUACAAUCAACGGUCCAGAUCUUUUCCACAAUUAUAUAAAAUCACAUAGACAUGUGUACAUACCAAAACAUCUUUCCUCCCUUUCUCUCACAACAAACACGGCAUAACUCUCUCCCUCUCUCUCUCUAACAAUGGCUGAGAGAACCAAGAAGAAGAGGGAGAUGUUGAAGAAAAUCUCAGUGGUAGACGUACGAUGUAUGAGCAACAGUUGUAAGAAACCGAACCUCUCCGACAUCUUCAACCCUAUCCCGUUAAAACCCCGAAAUACCCUUCUCCCACACCUUAAUCACCGCCACUGCCACUCCUCCUCCUCCACCAGGACAGCAACCACAGAGGAUUCCUCCUCCUCCUCUUACUCCUCCACCACCACCGCCACGUCAUCUCCUCUGCCCCCCCCCGCCCGCCGUCUCGGCCGCGUCGGUGGCGACGGAGUCGCGGUGGAGAAAGAUUCCGACGACCCUUACUUGGAUUUCAGGCGAUCGAUGUUCCACAUGAUUCUUGAGAACGAGAUUUACUCCAAGGAUGAUCUGAGAGAGCUUCUCAACUGCUUCCUUCGUCUAAACGCACCGUUUCAUCACGCCGUCAUCCUCCGCGCCUUCACCGAUAUCUGGGACGGCGUUUUCAGCUCCUCCUCCGCCAAACGCCCCGGAACUCCAGCGCUUGUGGCCGGACCUUUUGACAUGUGCGUGUCACGUGACUUGUUUUAGAUGGAAGGCCCUCUUGUUCUUUUUUUUCUCCCUCGAGUGGAGAGGGAAUGUGUAGAGAGUUUCUCCCUUAUUACCACUGUAAAAAAAACUUCCGUUUAAACGUAAAAAAAAAAGGUUUUGAUAUUUC